ACUCGAGCCAGCCAUCGGGAGUCCAGCGUUCAACUCACAGUGGGCCAGAGGCUCAGACCCUCACAGACCGACGAGCAACAAAGGCGCGAGAUUUGAAAAUCAAACCUGAGUGCACAAGUGAAUGAUUCAAAAUAAAUAAGUGAAUAUUUACAAAAAAAUAAAUGAAUAAAAUAUAAAACAUGUGUGAAAUAUAAAUGGCGAUGACAAUGCCUAAAGAUCGAGCAUAAAAAUAGUUGUAUUAUAGUUUUAUGUCAAUCUGAGAAAUAAAUAAUUUAAUGGGGUUUUAAACAACUGCGGCAGAGCUCUUCGUUUUAGCAUCAUCAAAUUCUUAAGCAGUCGUCAACUUGCAUCUAAUAUUGGUGGUUAAGGAAAUGAGCUUCACAAGCAGAACGCCGACGCCCCAAGCCCAAUGCUGCCCACAGCCUGGCUAUGGGGGCAGCCAAGUUUACUCUUUGGCCUUUGAAGUUUAAGGCACAAGAAGAAGAAGAACAACAACAGCAACAACAACAACAACAAUUAUGUCAAACAUGCGCUGUCAAAGGUAACCAAUUUAUAUAGACAAAGGUUAAUUGAAACGACCGCAAAGAAAAGCGGAGAAACGAAAUUUGGCUGAAAAUAUUGCUACUUUAACAGUUUAAUGCCAUUCUAAAAAGAAAAGACGAAUAAAUUUAAAGUCCAACAGCAGUAAAACGGGCCUCAAAGCAGCCGCUAAAAAAUGCGACGGGCCUGCAUCCAUAGACUUCUGUUGCUGCUGCUGCUGCUGCUGGUGUGCGAAUCAUGUGCUCAGCUGGAGGCCUCGUUGGCAUCCGUGUCUCCUUCAACACCACAGCCGGCACGGGCGCGCAUCAAAGCGAAAACGGAAAACAUUUCAGCGCUCGCAUCAAACGCCGGCGAUAGCUUCAACAUACGCCACAGUCGCUCGCGGGCGCAUAUGUUGUACAACAACAAUAACAACAAUAACAACAACAAUGGCAGCACACGAUUAACGUUGGUCAGCGAUGGUUCCCUGCUACGCCCACUUCAAUUACAAACGCCCACACAGCAGCCGACAACAGGGGCAACAGCAGCUGUCACGCAUAAGAUACGUAAAUUGCAUAAGAAGAAAAUCAACGAGAGCAUUCGGAAAAGCGUCGACAAGAGUCUGGGCGUGGUGAGGGAGGUGAAGAACCAUAGGAGCCUAGCUGAGGCCGAGCAUCUGCAGGGCCGGCCCACAGAUGUCGAUGAGGCGGCCCUCAGCGAGGUUAUGCAACUGGCAGACGAGAUUGAUUUGGAGAACUCAUUAGAGUCGACUUAUCAGAAUGUUGUCGUUGAGCACACAUCUGGUGCAGUUGUCAGGAAUUCGGGUAGCCAGAUGACAGCCGGCCGGCAAUUUGUGCGUGCUGAUGCUAAUUAUGAGAAUAGCGAAGAGGAUCAAGCAGAGGCAGAGGCAGAGGCAGAGGCAGUGGUGGAUGUUGAUGCGGAUGACGAUGAGCUGUUGUCAACCACACAAAUGGCAACAUUUGCGCCUCGUCAGCCAACCGCAAACGGGCAAAUGAGAAGCAGCAGCUGGCAACAGACGCGAGUCGCUGGCAGAACUCGACUGCUGCCAGUUAACCACAGUGGUAGCGCCUCAUUGACAGGUGCGCACAAUGUAAAUUUAGCAGCAGAUUCUGCUGAUGCCGAUUACCAGCUCAUGACUGCGGAUAAAACCGUACCAAAAACUGAGAACGAAGCAAGCGCUCAUGCUGAUUCUGAUACUGAUACUGAUGUGGAUGUGGAUGUGGAUAGGGAUGACAAUGAGGAUGCAACGGAAGCGGAUGCUACACACAGCAGUAGCAGUAACAGCAACAGCAGCGGCAACAGUACAGAAUACGCUGAAGCUGAUGCUCACUCGCAGGCCAUCACAAGCCAGCAGGAGGAGAACGAACGCCUGGAGGUCAAUCAAAUUAACUUUAACUUUGAGUCCGAAUCAGAUUCGGAGUCAAUGUCGGAAAGUGACCCUGUGCUGGAUACAUCCGAGGUAACAAUGGAUGAUGGCUAUCCGCCAGAGGUUCUAAUCGAUGACAGCAGCAAACAGUUGGUCAUUGGCGAUGUGGAGGGGGCCGGCGAAGGUGAUGGCGUCGAUUCCAAUCAGAUAACCGCCGAUGUGAUAAAUGCGCGCGACAAUAAAAUUGACUUGGUGUCCAAGUUUCUACAAUAUAUUGAACAGCAGCAUUUGAUGGGAUCGAAUUGUGUGGCCGGCACAUCGCUAAAUCUCGGCGAGGGUGUGGUCGACCGUUAUGCACAGGAUCGAUUUCGUGUUGAGGCCGAGGUGGCCGUCAAUCGCGCCAACAUGCUGACCAGAAUCUUCAAGAUGACGUCGCAUUCAGCGCAGGAGGAUGUCAACUUGCUACACGCUUCGGUGUUGGCCAUGGUGGAGUUCGACGAUGAUAUAUUCGCGGCCGGCAAUUGUUUCGACUGGAAUGAGCAUCCAGCUCAGCCCGGCUUGUUCUGCCCGUUUGCUUAUCGGUUGCCACCACCAAAUUUGGGCGCAAUAUUUGCCAAAGAUCUGGCCAUGGAAUAUCAUUACUUGGGCAAUACAUCCGAAUGGUUCUUUCUGGCUCGCAAGAAUGCCGAGAAGGUGAUAGCACGCAACGAGCAGUACCUGAAGUCCUUUCAUCUGUACUCGAACCGCACCGAGGAGCGCAUCGAGGACGACACGCUGGCCGUGAAGUACGAGGAUGGUAGAUGGUCAAAGCCAUAUUACGACUGUGGCGGUGGUAAUAUUUGGAUGCUAACGUACACAGUUCCAUUCUUUGGCUAUGAGAAUGGCAGCUAUCACUUCAAGGGCACAUCGGGCAUUGAUAUUGACUUGCGCCGCGUGGAUAUCGACCAGUGUCCGCAACGGCACACACCAGGCACAAAGCGACCACUAAACAUUUUUGCCGGCACCGAUAAGUGCAAGCAGCGGACUACCAUGUGCGAGGCAAUAAUGGGUCUGGGCUUUCGGCGCGGCUCCUACAAAUGCCUGUGCCGCAAGGGCUUCUAUUUUCCAGAUGUGGUCGCGCAGCACAAGUUCUUUAAUGGCAGCCUGCUGGAGGAGGAGUACGAGAAGCUGAUGCUGGGCAAGAACUCGACGUACAACAGCAACACCGAAUACGAGUGCCUGCCUUGCGCCGAGGGCUGUGACUCCUGCGAGGAUGCCUCGCCCUGCAUUGCGGCCCUCAACUGGCCCAUGCGCACCAGCAUUGUGGCACUGGCCUGCAUUGUUAUCGGUUUGCUUCCCCCCGCUGCCUGGUUCACGUUUCGCUAUCAACAAGUGAAGGUUGUGCGCGCAGCUAGCCCAGCCCUUUUGCGGGUCAUUGCACUCGGCGCGUUCUGCAUCUAUUGCACGAAUAUUGUGAUGUAUCCGAAUCCGAAUCUCUACACGUGCACCGCACGCAUCUGGCUGCGUGAGAUUGGCUUCUCCCUGACCUACGGUGCACUGAUGCUGAAAACCUGGCGGAUUUCAGUGAUAUUUCGGGUUCGUUCCGCCAAAGCUGUCAAAAUCACAGAUGCAGCGUUGCUCAAGCGGCUGGGCAUCAUAUGCGGCGCGAUUGGAACCUGUUUGCUGGUACGCACAUUGGUGUCGCCCCCGGACGUUGUCGUUGGCCGCACUGCUGAUGACCUCAAGGCGUUUCUGUGCAAAACUGAUUGGUGGGACUAUACAUUCACCUCAAUGGAAGUAUUAUUCUUGGCCUGGGGCGUCCGACUGUGCAUAAUGGUGAGAAAGGCGCCGUCGGAAUUCAAUGAGAGCCGCUUCAUAUCAAUGGCCAUCUACAAUGAGUUCCUGCUCACUUGUUUCCUCAACGUGUCCAUGCUUUUUCUGCAGUCUCCCGCAAAUCCGGAUCUGCUCUAUAUCAUAUUCUUUUGCCACACGCAGCUGACGGUGACGCUGCUGCUGGCCCUCAUCUUUGGCAGCAAGGUUUACAUCGUGCUGCGAAGCGGUAAGUCGCAUCAGGAGAAUAUCGGAAUGGGCGCCAAGGCAUCGGGGGCGAAAUUCAAUUUUCGACCGCAGGUGCGAACCUUUGCCCAUCCAAGUUCGGUGACAACGUCAACGGCGCCUGCAGCUGGCACCACUUCGGCAGAGACGAAGCUCUCCGACCAGGAGGCGCUCGAGGAGAUACGCCAGUUGAGCAUGCAGCUGGAGCGCAUACAGGAGAUGGCGCCACCCAAAGGUGUCGCUGUAAUGACCAUCUCCAGUCUGCUCGACGGUCUUAAGACGCCCGGUGGCAUAAUGAUGGUUGCUGCUGCUGCCACGCAUACAGCGAGCCGGCAGAGUGCGUUGCCUCUGCUGGCGCUCAACGCCGAGAUGCAAAAGUACAACCAGCAGAUGCAGCAAAACAAUAAUGCAAAUGGCAGAGCUGCUGCUGCUUCUGCGGCUGCUGCUGCUGCCGCUGCUGCUGCCGCCUCACGUGGCAGCAUACCCACCAUGGUGCUGGAGACGCCGCCCUCAUCGGCGUCACCAACAACGCCGACAAUUGUCUACGAGGAGCGUGCGAUAAACACCGAGCUAAGUGGCGAUGAUUUUCGGGAGCAGCUGUUGCGUCGCACCGCCGAUGGACACAUCAUCUGCAGUCGGUGUCUGGACGCAUCCAAGGAGCAUUACUAUUGCUGUCCGCCGUUGCGUAAUGCCUGUGAGGAGCUGGGCUCUCCACAGCAGGAGGGCAGCCUGAGUUUUGCCAACAUCAAGCUGGACUGCAUGUGCUCACAGUCCGAGGAUCUCGAUCUAGAUCAGAUGCAACUGGCGCAGCAGCAGCACCAGCAGCAGCAGCUACGUCGACCGGUUGUGCGUACGGCAGCAACGAAUACGCCGCCAACGAGCUGUAAACGUGGUCCGCGCAAUUUGCUCGAGGCGGAGGUGAGCAUUUCGUAUCAAAUUUGUGAUAACUGUAGAAAUAAGUAUAGGCUUAGCGAUAAGCCGUUAAGAAGACGCAGUGGCAGUUGCACACAGGCAGAGCCACACCCAGCGCCGCCCACACAAACGAGAAGCAGUGAGCUCCUCGAUCGCACUGAGGACAACACUGUGACUGUUGUUGUUGGUACGAAAACUGCCCGCUCCACAGAUGACAUUGCGCUCUAUAAGACAACGCAUCCGGGCGAUAGCGAUUCGGAGCCGAUAGCCGCUCAGCUAUCGCUGGGCAAUGUCUCGAACACAUCCAACAAUUCCACUAGCCAAACGGACAAGACGAGUGGCAGCGGGGCGGGCGGGCAGCGGGCCAAGCGUCCCGAUAAGCUGGUGCUUGAUUUGAACGAUCGGUCCAAAUACACCAAGGAGGUUUCUGUAUAAAAGCUUAAGAAAGACAAAGAGAGAUAGAGAGAGAUAGAGAGAGGGAGAGAGAGAGAGGUAGAGAGUGCUUUUCUUUUUGGUUUUUAAAAUUGCAAAUUGAUAAUGAUUAUGUUAUGCAAAUUAAAUAAAAAAAAGACUUUAUGAAAUUUAAUUGUAUGAUGAUAGAAACUAUAGCAAGUAAUACUAUUACAAAGAUAUUAUGAAUAUGUAUAUUAAAACAAUACUAAUAAGUUGGCAAAAACGCUUGAUUUCAAUGAAGCCAAAUGGGACACUUCAGCCGGUCAGCGAUUUGUAUUGCCUUCAGGCCCAAAACACAGGCGCAAAGCAUUUGCAACGAUAAUGAGCCCCAUGUUGUGAAUACUUUGCACUUGGUAAACACACAUAUUCAAAUUGAAAUACAAACACAAACACAUGAAUCUCACACACACACCCACACAGACACAGACACAGAUACAGACACACAAACAAGCAGCGUCGCCGUUUUGUUGAAAAUCAUGUGCUUUUGCAGCAAGCCAAAAUUUAAUUUACAUUUAAAUUGCAUUCGCAAAUAAUUUUAGCUAAGCCGCUAACGAACCUAAUUGCGAACGUCAUCAAUAGCUUAAAGAGUAGCUGACAUGAUCAACCAUUAACUAGUUAACUAAGUCAUGUUUCAAGUGCCGCUAUUGAAAAUGGCAUUAUAAUUGAGCACGCGCACACAGAUAUACAUACCUAGAUUAUUUAGAUAUGUUUCGUACUUCUAGCUGUUAACUGUAAAAUAAACAUAUCUCUGCCAAAAAAAAAGAAAA